GGGCGUCACCCGGAAGCAGUUCUUUGGCCUGUGACACGUAGCAACGGUGCCUGCUCUGGGUCUUAAACUGAGUUCUCGGGAUUAUCUGGCGCUGGGGCAGGUGGUGCCGUCGCCUCUCCGUUGGGUCAUUUGCAAUGUCAGGCUUUGAUAACUUAAACACGGAUUUCUACCAGACGAGUUACAGCAUUGAUGACCAAGCACAGCAGUCCUAUGAUUAUGGAGGAAGUGGAGGACCCUAUAGCAAACAGUAUGCUGGCUAUGACUACUCGCAGCAAGGCCGGUUUGUCCCUCCAGACAUGAUGCAGCCACAACAGCCGUACACUGGGCAGAUUUUCCAGCCAACUCAGACGUAUGCUCCAGCCGCACCGCAGCCAUUCUAUGGAAACAGCUUUGAGGAUGAGCCACCUUUAUUAGAAGAAUUAGGUAUCAAUUUUGACCACAUUUGGCAAAAAACACUAACAGUGUUACAUCCACUAAAAGUAGCAGAUGGCAGCAUCAUGAAUGAGACUGAUCUGGCAGGACCCAUGGUUUUUUGCCUUGCCUUCGGAGCCACAUUGUUACUGGCUGGCAAAAUCCAGUUUGGCUAUGUAUAUGGGAUCAGUGCAAUUGGAUGCCUAGGAAUGUUUUGUUUACUAAACUUAAUGAGUAUGACAGGCGUUUCAUUUGGUUGUGUGGCAAGUGUCCUUGGAUAUUGCCUUCUUCCCAUGAUCCUGCUUUCCAGCUUUGCAGUGAUAUUUUCUUUGCAAGGAAUGGUAGGAAUUAUUCUCACUGCUGGAAUUAUUGGAUGGUGUAGUUUUUCUGCUUCCAAGAUUUUUAUUUCUGCAUUAGCUAUGGAAGGACAACAACUUCUAGUAGCAUAUCCUUGUGCUUUGUUAUACGGGGUCUUUGCCCUAAUUUCUGUUUUUUGAACUGGAUUUAUCUGGGAUGUGGACAUCAUUGGGCCAAACACACCAAAAGGACUUCAAACUCUUAAACCGGACCAGCAAACUGCUACCGUGCACCUCUCAUGCAGAUCCGACGUUUGACUAUUGGAGCAAUGGAAGUAAACACGUGUCUUUGUUCAUUUUUAUAGAACUUUUGAAUACUGUGUUGGAUUUACCUGCAGUAUGAUUAACUUUAAGUGUUUGUGCUUGUACAAAUAAGAAGCGCUAUUUCUUUCCUAUAGCCUUUGAAAAACAACUUUACUCCUUAAAUUAUAUUAUAAUGUUUUUGAUAGAUUUUUAUCAACUGUGGGGAAUUAACCACAGAGUUGAUAAUCUUUCUUAAAAACAAUCCAUAGUAAAGAAGAUACAAGACUUAUUGCAGAAAUAUUUUUUCAAGGAAUUAGGAAAGAAAAAUUGCCUGUAUUCUCAAGUCAGAUGCACAUCAAGCAAAAAGUGACCCCAGUGUAGUUUAUGAGUUUGCACUUCAAAAAUUUGACAUUCCUUUAAAUUAUCUCAUAGAAGUUUUGCUAAAAUUCAAUGAUACAGAAGUUCACGGUCUGCUUUAUCGUAGACAUGAAAUGUGAACACCUGUUUAGAUAUUAGCACUAAUGAAACCAUAGUGUCCUAGAUGUGUCAUAUUAAUGCUCAUAGUUGGAUCUCCAUUGUUUCCCAGGAAAAAGAAAAUCACUAACCUUUUUUGAAAAAAAGAUUAAAAUGUCAGUUUCAGUAUUGUAGUUAUCAAUGUAAAGUGCAUUUGAUGCUUAUUAAAAUUUUUCCAGUUUUAA